CGUUGUCAUAGAAACAAUCCAAAAAUUGGCGCUUUUCUUGCAGCAGUCAGACUAUUCACAGAAUGUGUACACAUUUGAGAUGGAUUAGCUGAAUCUCUUUCAAUUAUUGUUUUUAUUAGGUUAAAGGUCCACUCACACUAUUCCACAUUCAUAUAAUCAAAAAGUUACAAAGGAAUACUUUCCGUAUUGAGAGGAAUAAUAAAUUAACGUUUAAGAUGAAGAAUUCUUCGAAGCAUCUGAAUUUACGGAAAUCAAAGAACAACGUCAUUGUUGAUCAUUGUUGAUAACAGUAAAACUGAGAUUAGUUUAUAUCAACUACUAGUGUAAUGCACAAUCAAUCGAUAGGCUAAGUUUCAUUAUAAAAUGCAGUCCAACCAUUACAGACAUGAUAGUUCAACUGUAAAAGUUCCACGAUGAACUUCUCACCGAUCACCCUGCUGGCACUUGCCUUGAUCAUCGCACUCUCCACCGCUACCUCCAAGGAACCAAACUGGGCAGAAAUCGCCAACGUUUGCUACAAACUGCUGCGCGCCAGUCCGGAAGCUCGCGCCCGUCACGGCCAGGACCAGUUCAGUCCGGAUCCGGAGUCACACUGCAUUACCCGGUGCGGCGGCAUCAUCACCGGGCUGUACGACGACGAGACGGGAAUCAGCAUGGAGCGGCUGGAGGCUUGGUGGGGCAAAGGGGAAACUGCGGCCGUUUUCCAGGAGUUCAAGCGGCACUAUCUGGAGUGCGCUGGGACGAUCGUGGCGGACCAGUACGGAGACGACUACUGCAAGAAGAGCUCCAAGCUUUACGAGUGCUUUUUGCAAAGUGGGAUCAGCGUAACUUAAGAGUUGAAUAAACGGUCUUUUAUAUCGAUCAAAUUGA